AGUGGUGCAUUACAUUUGAGAGAGAGAGAGAGAGAGAGAGAGAGAGAGAGAGAGAGAGAGGAGAGUAUGAAAAAUAAAGAUGAGCGAGGUGUAAUUAGAUCACGUUCUGAACCGGCUUUGAAUCCCAAUCGACUCAAAGACAAGUCUUUGGCUCCCUCUACCUCUACCUCACUUGCUGCCAAUUAUCGCAAUAUUGAUGCAUCCUAUGAUCAGGGGGAAUCAGCUGGAACAAGUUGCAAAGGUUCAGAUGUUAGAUGCCUUGAUGAUGAAGAUACAUCUUGGAUAUCAUGGUUCUGCAAUCAGAAAGGGAAUGAAUUCUUUUGUGAAGUGGACGAUGACUACAUCCUGGAUGAUUUCAACCGUUCUGGUUUAAGAAAUCAAGUCCCAUUCUAUGAUUAUGCACUGGACUUAAUUUUGGAUGUUGAGUCGUCCAAUGAUGGUACUUUAACUGAUGAUGAACAGAACAAUGUGAUCGAAUCCGCAGCAGAGAUGCUCUAUGGUUUAAUUCAUGGCAGAUACAUAGCUACUAACAAAGGAUUGUCUGCAAUGUUGGAGAAGUACAGGAACUAUGACUUUGGCAGAUGUCCAAGAAUUCACUGCAAUAAACAACGAUGUCUGCCUGUUGGCCAGUCAGACAUCCCAAGGUUAAGCACUGUCAAAAUCUACUGUCCUAAGUGUGAAGACAUUUAUGCCCCACAAUCCAAACACCAAGAUCAAAUUGAUGGGGCAUAUUUUGGAACCACAUUUCCUCACCUUUUUUUCUUGACCUACAGCCAUCUUAAACCGCAGAAAGCAAGUCAGAAUUAUGUUCGGAGAAUAUAUGGCUUCAAAGUCCACAAGGAGGAAUGAUCAAUCUUUUAGCUGCAAAGGUGCUUCUCUUGAUGAAGAAAGGUAAAGGGG